AUGGACGCGGAGGUGAUGUGCAUCUACCCUAAAAAGACCCUCAGCUUCACUUCGUGGAAGCAAAGGUUCGGGCCCUGGGAGAUCCAAGUUGCGGUUGCACCUAUGGCGGCGUCCACGGAUUCCUCGAACGACGACUCCCCACCUGUGGAGUGGCCUCAGGGCUAUCACGACCCCUUUCUCAGCAGCAUCUUCGACAAGAUCAGCAAAUAUGACGCUCUUGAACUUGUGCCUCUCAUUCAACUCUUGGACACAUAUGUCUCGGUCGAGGAGGCCGCAGCGGAUCAUGUCCGGACGCAGGCAGUCAAAGCUCUCAAGGGCAGGAUCGAGAAGGCGGUGAUGGGUUCAGCAAUAGAACCCUCUAAGGGUGACGGCAAUGACGGCCACUCCUCCGUAUUCAUGAUCGAAAACAUUUCCGAGGACUGCAUCUCUGAGAAGCAUCAGCAACCUGUCGAUGUACCCGACGCUGACGCAAAUGACACCGUGGUAACGCACCCAACCACCGCAUUCCCAACCAUCGCACCAGCACCGCAAACAAUCGCAUCGCCUGUGCCGGCGUGUCCACACCCGACGGCCGAGUAUCGAGGCCCUCCCCCUCAAGACCGUCCUAUCGAUUUCGCACAGCCGACCGCAGUUCCCGCCUGGCAAGGAAACCGCUUUCAGCAAAAUAUCACCGUGUUGAACAAUAACACUUACAACGGCACAGCACCAACUUCAGCCCCAGCCCCAGCCCCCACCAUUGCAACCACAUCCCAGGAUGCCGUUGUUUUCGGAACGCCUCAGACAGGCGCCCAUCAGCACCAAUGCACCACUUCGCAGGAAAUCGCCCACAUCCAGCAACAAAUCGCUUUUCAGCAGCAAUGGGCACAAGGAGUGAAUUUGGUCCCCCACCACCUCGUGUCCCAUGUCGGGGCCAGUCCUGAGCAGUUUUGGAAUUCCAUAAUCCUGACUGCAUGCCCACCAGUGGAUCCUCGAAGUUUUCCCAUGUCUCAGAUUUCCCGGGAUUAG